AUGUGCAUUCCGUGGGCAAUGUCUCCAUUCAACGUUUGACCUUCGUCUAUGAUGGCCCUUCUGCUGGACACGAGCCGUAUCUGUCGGCCCCGAACGUUUCCAUAUCAGAAGUGAACUGCACAGCAACCCACCAAUGCGUUGUGCUCGCUACAACCUUGCGCAUCCCUUCCAUGCUUUGCCCACCUGGGCGCGAACUCGAAGACCAUAUCGGUCCUGAUGACACACAAUAUGGCUGCAGAUUGUGUGAGCCCGGGCAUCUUGGCCGCAUUAGCCCGUCCGGCAUACGUAUUUUCAGCCGCUUCCAUGGCGCAAUCCGCAUUGCCUCCCAUGCUGGUUACAUGCUCGAUGUCCCGAACCUCUCGUCAAUCAAUGACUUCAGCGAACUGGAGUCGGUUAAGCGGACCUAUUUCUGUCCGAGUGCUGCUUCCUGCCCAGGAGGACGGCUGGCCUACCAGAAUCAGACAGCUAUGUGUUCGCCAGGGGCGAUCGGGGAAGGAUGUGAGUACUCCACGCCCUGCUAUGGGUCCGGGGAUUAUGCCGACCCCUUUAGUAAGUUCAAGUGUCCCACUGCGCCGUCGGUUUGGGUUAUGGCUGCCAGCUUCCUAUUCGGCAAGGAUCUGUUUGUGUUCGUGCUCGCGUCCUCUUCAGUGCUUGGUGCAAAAGCUGGGAGGAAGGAGAGUGCCGUCCUUGUGAACCAAUUGAUGGCCUUUGGCAUCAUUGCUUCUCGCUGCCUGGCGGCCCUCAUGCAUGCCGAAGUGUUUGCAGGGCAGUCCGUGUUUUUCCGAGACGCAUUGCAUGCUUGGGGCAUAGUGGUUGACACAGGAACUGGACAAGCCGCUUCAGCUACACCUGUAUCUUGCUUCCAACAGGCCAUGUACGACGAUUCCGGUCUCACGGUCAUGGGUUUCUUCGUCAGGUUCGCUUUAGCCAACGUUCCAGCACUUCUGCUGGUGUGCGUCUUUGGUUGCGCGAAAGGAUUUUGGCUCAGCAUCAUAGUGGGGAGUAACUGCUUCCUGCCAGCAUUCUGCGGGCGCCUGAGUACGCUCCUCGUAUCUUUUGUGCCAACCGCAGGCGCUGAUGGCCCUCGGUUUUAUUAU